AUGGGAGCUGACCAGCUCAUGGGAACUGGUGCCCAGGGUCGCAAUUCCCAGCUCUCCAUCACAGACCCCAAAGUCUGCCGUUCCUACCUCGUUGGAACUUGCCCGCAUGACCUGUUCACCAACACCAAGCAAGAUCUCGGUCCCUGCCCUAAGGUUCACAACGAGGCUUUGAAGACAGAGUACGAGACUGCUGCUGCUGCAGACAAGACGAAAUGGGGAUUCGAGUUCGAUUACAUGCGCGACAUGCAGAAGCAAAUCGAUGACUGUGACCGCCGCAUUGACAUCGCUGCGCGCCGUUUGGAAAAGACUCCCGACGAAAUCAAGCAGACUAAUACCUUACUGAAACAAAUCGCCGAUCUCUCCAACACCAUCAACUCCGGUCUCCUCGAGGUGUCAGUUCUAGGAGAGACAUCAUCUGUCGCAUUGGCCAUGAGUGAAAUGCACAAAGUUCGCGCGGCCAAGCAUCAGAAGGAAACCGUUGAGCGUGAGCUCAAGGGCCUGCAAGAUACAUCUGGUCCAUCUGGGCACCAGAAGCUGCAGGUCUGUGAUUCAUGCGGUGCUUACUUGUCCCGCCUGGAUAACGAUCGUCGACUGGCCGACCACUUCUUCGGAAAAAUGCACAUGGGAUAUUCGGAUAUGCGCAGGAACUGCAAGAAGCUCGCUUCUGAGCUGAAGGGUCGCGCUCCACCAGUGCGUCACCAUGAAGAGGACGAUAACCCGUACACCUCUGGUGGUCGGUCUGGCGGUGGUCGCGGUCCUCGUUAUGGAGGUGGUGGCGGCGGCGGUGGUGGAUACAGACGCCGUGGUGGUGGCAGAUGGUGA